AGGGUUUUGCAGUUGUAUUAGCAAUCUGUCGUUAGCGAAUUAAUACACUGUAGAAGUCGUCAGAAACAGUUCACGCAUGCUGGACAGUGAGUACUUACGAUCACCGACUGAUGAUUACUUUAUUAAACAGCGAAUUCACAGUUGUAAUGCCUUUAUUUUCUUUAUAAAAGUGCUCGUUAGGUAUCGGUUGUACUGUAACGUUUAACUGCUGUGUCUCAGCAAAUCAAAACUACGUAGAGCCAAUCAAAAUGUAAACAUCUCCUGGAAUUAACUUGAAACCUUUUGGGGACAGACACAACUGCAAUUCGUGCUGAAUGUUAAAUUGCACUACUCUGUUUUGUUUGGAUUUUCAGAAUGAACGUGGCAACACUACUUCCCAAUUCCCUUGGCAUGCAGCAAAAUGACCUGAAAAGACAAAACCUGUUAGAGAGACUUCUUGAUGCGGUUAAACAGUGCCAAAUCCGCUUUGGUGGCAGGAAGGAGAUUGCCUCAGAUUCAGAUAGCAGAGUCAUAUGCCUGUGUGCCCAGUUUGAAGCAGUUCUUCAAAACGGCUUGAGGAAAAGUCGCGGGCUAGCCCUCACAGCAGCUGCUAUAAAACAAGCUGCUGGACUUAGCAGUAAAACUGAAGCAGAGCUGACUUUCUGGUUUUAUGUGAAGGAGCACCUCAACCAUCACGAGUUGCAUCGGUUCUACUCUCUACGGAAUGUCACGUCUGAGCUGGGCCGGGGCCGAGCAUGGCUUCGCUGUGCCCUCAACGAGCACUCUCUAGAGCGUUAUCUUCACAUGCUACUGGCUGACUGUGCCCGCCUUAGUGCCUACUAUGAAGAUUGGGCUUUUGUCCUUGAUGGGGAGAGAGCAAGUAUGCUGCCUACAAUGGCUGCAGGGCUCAAUUCCAUCUUGUUUGCCAUAAACAUUGACAACACGGACCUAAACGGGCAGACCCGCAGCGGGUCGUCUGUGUCACACCUGCUUAAGGAGUCCACACAGGGCAUGAGCAGUCUGUGGAAGGAGUCCGCACAGGGUGUCAGCACGCUCCUACGGGAAAUUGGUACUGCUACUGCUGUGGUUCCUGGUUUCAUCCCACGCUCUGAUUCUGUUUCAGACCCACUACCUGUCCUGCCCCGAAGCACUUCUGCAGAUUCUGGUUUGAGGAAAGAGCGUAGACGUAAAAAGAAGAUGACAAACAUAAUCUCCUUUGACGAUGACUUGAACGUGGGUGCAGAAGAUGAGGAUGAAGCAGGUGAGGAAGUUGUUAGGAGUCUCAGGAAAAGUGCGGUGGGCCAUGUGAGUUCUGAAGAGGCUCUGGACCCUCCAGACUCCAUCUUUCCCACUCAGAAUGGACUGAUGGUGCCAGGGAUUGCGAGCUGGGGCGAAAUGCCCUCACAGAACGGAUUCCUGCCUGAUAGCAAGAGCAUUGAUAAUGAAGAGGAGGAUAUUUAUGGAAACGGCAGGCCAGAGCCUCUGGAGGAUCAUGGAAUUGGAGAGCCGAUGGUUGUGGAGAGCUUGUCCAGUGUUUCCACUUGGAGCCCAAGGCAGAUCAUCACUGACAUCGACAAUGACAGCUCACAUAUUCUCAUACCGCUGGCCCCUUCUGAGCCCUUCAACAAACAAGCUGGUGGUUUAGUUGAGAAUUUAGAAUUUAAUGGCCAGAAGGAGAGCUCAAGCCCACCAACUGACCAUGAAAAAACAAGAAGCCAAUUACAGUUUAGCAUGGAGUCCAGCUCACCACCACAGAUGGCUCCUGUGUCCAUUGUUCUGCCAACCCCUGGCCUUCCUGAGUCCAUGAGCAUUGCUGAACUACGGCAAGCCAUUGUGGCCAUGAUGAACAGGAAGGAUGAGGUCACGGAGCAGAACAUGUCUCUGCGUAGUCUCCUGGAUGGGGAGAUGGAGCAUUCUGCUGGGCUCAGGCAAGAAGUGGAGAGCUUGAAGAAGAAACUGGCUGAGCUAGAGGAGAGACAUGAAGCCAAAGUCCAGGCCCUCAUGAGAGAGAAUGAAGUUCUGAAGGUCCAGCUGAAGAAGUAUGUUGGUGCUGUCCAAAUGCUGAAACGAGAAGGCAGCCAAGGCAAUGAUGCUUUAGCCAUUCAGAGGAAUUGUGAUGAUCCCCCUCAAGCCCCCCAAAACAGAUCUGUGGCUGAUAUAGAGGAACUGGCUGCCAACUAUGAACGUAAACUCAUCGAGGUGGCUGAGAUGCAUGGGGAGCUGAUAGAGUUUAACGAGAGGCUGUACCGCUCUCUCAUGGCCAAAGACAACCUGAUUGGACAGAUGAGACAGGAACUCAUUGACUUGCGUGGCCCAGUGCCAGGGGACCUGAGCCAGACCUCUGACGAUCCCAGCCUAUCUGAUUUUGAGACAACUCAACGUGCUCUUGUCAACGUUUGGAUCCCUUCUGUGUUUCUUCAAGGCCGGGCAGCCAACUCCUAUCACAUAUAUCAGGUGUACAUAAGAAUCCUAGACAAUGAGUGGAAUGUUUACCGGCGCUAUGCUGAGUUCAGGGCCCUGCACAAUUACCUGCGCUUGCAAUUCCCACAGGUCGACACCUUCAAUUUCCCGCCUAAAAAAGCCAUCGGCAACAAGGAUGCCAAGUUCGUGGAGGAGAGGAGGAAACAGCUACAGUCUUAUAUGCGCAUUGUGAUGAAUAAACUGAUCCAGACACUGCCUAAAUUCACUGCCCAGCCCACCAAGGAGACCUUACUGCAGUUACUACCAUUCUGCAAGGACACCCCAGCAUCCAGUGAGAGUGGAACCAAAACUGCCCGAUCUAAAGCCUCUAGCAGGUUUCCCAGGCCGGGUCACAGCUCGGGUCGGGAAGCCCGCAACCCUGAACCACAAAGUGGUGACCUUUAGCCUCUGAAGCACUGGUCUGGUGAUGCAGAAACUUCUGCUGACCUCUAAAAUCUGAAUUGUGAACUUAAGUGUCUGAGGCAGUUAUACGAGGUGCCGUGUGUACCAAGACUUCCCUCAAUCUUCAGAUCUCAUCAGUAUGACUUGACUGAAUCCAGGAUCUUCUAUUAUGGAUGUACAUAUCGCCACAGGUGGAGACAAGUUGCGCUAAGGACCAACAAGCAGAAUCAACAAGGUUGUCGGGUGGAAUUUUUGGCAAAUUUCAGUUUAGUGGUGGGACUUUCAGUUACAAUUGUGCCUAAUGUUUUAUAACAGAUGUUGUGUUUUGGGGAAAUCCAGGAUGUACUUUUUACUAACUGCAGUGAUAUCAAACUUUUAUGAGACUGCAUUGAGAAUUGUGGUAUCAUCUGGAAAUAACUUGCACAUCAUCAUUAUUUCAACUUGACUCUGACACAUGGGACUCAAGUUGUUUUUUUCCUUUUUGUAUACAUUUUGUUACCACGCGGUGUUAUGUAUGAGGUACAAUAAUGCUGGAUGUAAUUUAAUUAUGAAUGCAUUAUAAUAGAUUUACAAAACAAACACUCUCCACUGUCACCAAUAUGUAGAAGUUGCACACAAUUAGGAGCCUUUCGAUUUGAGAUAAAUGUCUACUUAUGGUCAAAACUUGAUUGGUCUGGGCAGAGCCUCGUCCUCCUUUCCCUGAAAACCUACCAUUGGAAUUUUCCAGGGCUGCCAUUGUCCUCGAUGACUAGAUAGUACUGUUACACAGAAACCAGUGCAGACAGGGCAUGUUGCAUUGUGUUUGGACUGAACAGAAGAGAUUUUCUAAGCCAGGGAUUCUCCACUGAAUGAAUUAACCAAUAAUUUUGCCUUGUUUUAACUGGAAGCACAGUGGUGAAAUUGGCCAAAUUUAUGAUCAAAUAGUUUUUUGUUGUUGUUUUAGUUACUGACAAAUGACAGCGAUUACUGUUAUGUAAAUGGGGAUAUGAUUAAAUGAGUAAAUUGUCAACUAUGAAAUUGAAUAUGAUUUAGAAUUGCCAUCAGUUUAAGAUUCUGUUUACCUGUAAGCAUUGAUGGAUGAAGAGUAGCAGAUCUAUUUACUAGUACACAACUGUAUCUGAUGUUUUUUCUCCAACAGAGUAGCUUUCUGUCACAAGUUGGUGUGACAAGAAGCAGCUGUUUUUGCAGUGGUACUGCAGCCAGACUUUGAGUAUAAGAGCUUGAUGAAUACAAGAAUAAAUGCAAAUACAAACACAUUAAGUUGUUUUUGUGUAU